AUGUCUUCUCGUUUAAGCUUCAAAUUCUAUAGUUCUAAUUUCCUAAAUGAUCCUAUUAUUUCUGAAAACCAUUCAACUUGUGUACAUUCAGGGUGUCAAAUCAAAAAAAGAAGAAAUUCAUUCAACACUGCAAAAGUAAAUUCUAUGUUUAGUAAGAGCCAACCCGAAGAAGUCUUAAGAAAACUAUUAUUCUCAGAUAAUCCUAUGCUUUUAUAUUCUUAUUGUGAUAAA